CCAAGGCCCUCUAUGAGCGAAUGUGGAAGUUCUUACAGCUGUUUUGUAUUUUGUGCGGUUUAAUUCCUUUGCCCUUUAUUUUUUAGAAUCUGUAAAAUGGUUCUUGAUUAGGUUAUUUGAUGAUUUUUAUUAUCUCAUGGCUCAUUUGUACAAUGUUAAUCCAUUUUUCCAUACGGUGACGAAGUGUAUUUAAUUGGAGAUUAGUGAAGAAUUGGCCAACAAUCGAGUGAUAUGAGUGAAGUUGAUGGUAAAGUCUAUCAGAAAAAACAUGUAGACAAAGAUUGUCCUCAUCUGAUUCUUGUUGGCAUUAAAGAUGAUCAUGAACGCAAAAACCUGGAGGUUUGGAUUCCAUGUAAACCUGAUGAAAUUGACUCAAUUGGAUCUAGUUCCUCUAACAAAUUUCCUUAUGGUGCCAUUAGAAUUUUUGGACUACUAUUGUUGGUCAGUUUAUCCAGCUACGGUAUUUACAAAAUGGUUAAAAAAUAGUCAUACUUUUGUAUUUUUUUCUUGUUACCACAUUAGAAUUUACCAUUUGUAUAAUCCAAUCGGAUAUUAAUAGUUUAGUAAAUUAAAUCUGUUGUCAAGAUGAACACAAGAUGCAAUAUUGAUAUAUAAUUGUUUGAAGCCGCUCAAAGAAAUCAAUGAUUUACGUUACAUUGAAUCCUGAAAUGAUAAUUCCAGCGAAGCUUGUUCCUAUCGUUACCAUCCGUGAUGUUCACAAACUCUGAUGUUACAAUUCAGAAUGAAGAGGAUCCUUUAAAAGAGCAAUAUGAAACAAGUUAUGGAGCAUGGGAGAAAUGAAAUUAAGAGUAGUGUGUAUUUCAUGACGUCAGAGUGAAGUUCACAAUGAUUAUUAUCACAUUCAAUAGAUGAUUUGCGAAGACUCUGUAGACAUUUUGUUACAGUAUCCAUCUCCCAUAGGAUGAGGAUAAAAUACUCAAACUUCAUUUCAAGAUACAAUUGAAUGAGCGUUACAUAAUAUAGUUCCAUGAUGAAAAUGCUCUGAAAUAUUUAUAGUAGACUCUAAAGAUAUAGCGUCGGUUUUUGUGAAUAUCAACUCAAUAUCGAAUAUCAAAUAUUUUUUCAACUAAUCCAACAUUCGUCAACCAUUUUAUUAGCUACGAUCUCUAGUUUAUAUAAUAGAUUAUUGGAUUAACUUCUUUCAAAAUGAACUCAUCUGUGAUCAUUUAAUAAUUUUUCAGCGAACUUGAUCCAGGGAAAAUUAUUUGUGACCUUAAUAGUGAAAAGAUUGAACAAAAAUCUUCCACAAAUCUUUUCUAUCAUAAAUCAAACCCAAAAUCACAAUGUUGUCUGGUCGUAGUAAAUGGCGUAAACAUGUUGGUUCAGGAUCAAUGAAUGAUGACUAUGAUGUUGAAGCCAAAUUAGCCAAAUUGAAACGAAUGAUAGGUUACAACGUGACUCAUUCUCGGAUACACCGUGAUUUGCCAGGCCACAGCCAUUUGCAUCGUAUUUUUCGUGGCGCUCGUCUUGAUAGACGUGAACUUGGCAUUGACUGUGAUGAAGUUUAUCCAAAUAUUUUUGUUGGUAACGAGGGUUCAGCUCGUAAUAAAAAUUAUCUCAAGUUAAUUGGUGUAACUCAUGUGCUCAACACAGCUGAAGGCACUCACUUUUCACAGAUUGACACUGGAGCUCAUUAUUACUCUGAUGUCCAUAUUAAGUACAUGGGGUUAAACCUGAUAGAUAUUGAAUCAACCCGAAUAUCAAUUCAUUUUGGUGAAACCUCUGAAUUCAUUGAUAGAGCCUUGCUUUCCGGUGGAAGAGUCAUGAUUCAUUGUUACAUGGGAUUAAGUCGUUCAAGUACAAUUGCUCUUGCCUAUUUAAUGAUAAAGAAAGGAAUGACAGUCGAAGAAGCUUUAAGAACUGUCAGACAAUCUCGAGCAGUUCGACCCAAUGAUGGCUUCCUUCGACAAUUAAUUGAUUUGGAAAUUCGUAUAAGAACUUCUGGUGGUUUUCGUUAAUCUUUCACAGUCUCAAUUUUCCAUGGAAUUAAUUUUAACACGAUUUGUCUUCUAAAAAUCUGCAUUUUCCAUUGCACUAUUGUUCAAACAAAUUGUUGAUUAACUUUGAUUUACAUAAAAUCAAUUAAACUGUGAACUGGUUAUCACAUACAAAAUAUUU